UUCAAAAACCUCCGCUCCUACCAACGUUCACUUCCAAUCUCAGAGUUACAUUCAUUGGCAUCUCUUGGGUGAAGAGGGAGGGUAUAAAUGCACCUUAUCCCUCCGAUUCCAUAGCCAAAUCAGAAAAAAAAAAAACAUCUUGUUUUCUCUGUCACUAUCUCUCUCACUCUCACUGACAAUCACUCAUUCAAGUUAAAGGAAGAUGGAUUUCCACAGCCUUCUGAGAAGAGACCUUCAAUUUCUGUGCAAGAGGAACAAGAUCCCAGCUAACAUGACCAAUCUCGCCAUGGCCGAUUCUCUCAAAUCUCUUGAGAUCGUCGAAGGUCUUGAUGAGUACAUGAAUCAGAAAAUCUCCAAUGUUCUUCAGUCUCCAACCAGUGUAGCUAAGCUUCUCCCACCGAGUACUGCAACCAGAACAACUCGAAGGAAGACGGCAAUGAAAGCUGAACCGCAGUUGGUGAACCGUUUGACGAGCAAGUCUCUUCAUGGAGAAAUGGACCAAGAAAAUGUUACUGAAGAAUCCAAGACUAACAGUGUCAAGAUUGAGUUAGCCAAUGUGGCCAAAACUCCUGCAGCUCGAAGUACAAGAAAGGCUUCAGCAGCAACAGCUUCUUGUAGCAUCAAAGUUCAGGAGAGUAAGAAGGGUGAACUGGCUCAGUCUGCGUACAGCACGCGGAGAUCAACCAGGCUGUUGGAGAAAUGUAUGGCUGACUUGAGUUUGAUAACUAAAGAAACAGAACAAGAAGUGUCUGCAAAGGGGAAGAAUCCAGCUGGUUCAGAGGAGAGCAGCGAGGAAGCUGAAGUUAUCCCAGGUAGAGAUUUAAGUGCUUCCAUGGAGAAAGAAUGGGAGAUGUUGGAGGAUGACAGUGAUCAAGUAACUGAAGGUCUUGAGAUAUCUGUUGAAAAAACUGAGACCAUGGAAGUUAUGAGUGAUGAUGAAAAAGAAUGCGACAACAGUUUAGUCCAAGAAGAAACAUUACCGACUAAUGAAGCUGUUUGUGAGGAAGGUUUGAAGAAGAAAGACAAUGAUCAGGAGGCUACAGAUUUUGGGAAUUGUGUUGAUCUGGUUGAGAUCCCUGUUUUUGAACAUGCCAACACCGAGACAAACGAUGAUGAUAAGAAAGAGUGGAAGGAUGUUCAAACUUUCGAAAGCUUAGGACAAGUCCACUACCUUGAGAUAGAACAAGCAAUCGUGGAGAACGAUCCCGAGAAAGUCAACACAUUCGAUGAAGAAACAGCGGUCGACCCAACUGAUGAUUCAGAAUUUGAACCAGAAGAAGAUGAUGAUUCUGGUGUUGACUCAGACAGCACCAUCUCUGAUUCAAACCAAGCCGACCACCAAGCGAUUCAGGACAAUGAUUCAGACACUGUGAAAAUGUAUACUUUUGGUGAAGCUACAAUGGUGGACCAAACUGAACCUGUAGAAGAUGAUUCUGGUGUUGACUCAGAGGACACUAUCUCUGAAGCUGAUUCAAACAAAGCUGUACAAGGAUCUGAUAUCGCUGAAGAAGAGAUGACCCUAUCUGAGUCAGAAGUUUCUGUAACUGCUCCAACUUCUCCUUCUCUUCUGCUGGAAGAGGCUAAAGCCAAAGCAGCUCCACCAUCUCCAUUCGCAGCAGAAUCAAUCUCAGCUCAGUUUCCAAGACCAAACAAAUCAGCAGGAACAACCCCAUCAAAGAACUCGGCUAUGAAGCUGGUCAGUGUCGACAACAAUAACAAGGAGAACAACAUGGAGAUGAUGGUGAAUGUUAGUGACAAUGGAGAGAUCAAAGCUGAGGCUAAGAAACAGAAGAAGAAGGUGGAGUUCGAUGAAGAGAACUUGAAAGAUGUUAGCAUGAGGCAACUUGUGAAGAUGGUGAAGGAACUCUCUAUAAAGGGCAGUAACAGCAGAACAGCAUUGCAGAUGUUGCCUGGUAAUAAUCAGACUGCAGAGUAGUCUGGUGAUUCAAAAAAUGCGUUUCUUUUUCUUUUGUUGUUGUCUCGAACAGAAAAAAAAAACUAUGCGUCUCCUUUGGUAAUGAUACUUUUGGUUUGAAUAAAACUGCAAAUUAAGGAGCAAAA